UACCAAAUGUGUUAUUCACCACAGUACUUUGCAAUAUUUUGAUGAAACGAAAUUUGAGUGUGAUCGGUUUAAUUAAUUUUAAUAUUGAAAAAAUAUUUAUUAUAAACAAAAGACUUUUGUGAUAAUUUGUGUCAGCAAUUUAUGAAUACUACGAUAACAAGUUGAAGCAAUUGCAUUUGUUGCUGCUGCUGUUAGUGUGGUUGGUGAACUGAUAUGGCAUCAACAAGCACAGCUACAGCGCCGUCCCAGGAUGCGUGCUAUAUAUCAUUGCUUGGUUUAGCGGAGCAUUUCCGUACAUCUAAACCGCCAAAUAUUAAGAAAUGCAUACAGUGUUUACAAGCUUUGUUUACCUUCCAGCCACCAACAAAGGUGGAGGCACGCACACAUCUUCAAAUGGGUCAAAUAUUGAUGGCUUAUACAAUGAAUAGCGACUUGGCACGUAAUCAUUUAGAAACCGCAUGGAAACUUUCAGAGCAUUUGGUGCAUUUUGAUGACGUUAAGUUUGACACGGCCUCGCUAUUAGCACAGUUACACCUGCAGUUGGAACAAAAUUCACAGGCAAAAGCGAUGUUACGUCGCGCAGUGGAAUUGUCGCAGAAUAAUGUCUUUUGGCAUUGCAAAUUGUUGUUGCAACUUGCACAAAUACACGCCUCGGAUCGGGAGUAUUCCUUAGCAUCUGAAUUAUUAGCCGUCGGCGUAGAGUCAGCUGAGGAGACAGGAGCUACUUAUCUUAAAGUUUUAUUUCUAUUGUCACGCGCUAUGAUCUUAAUGAUAGAGCGUAAAACCAACGAUGUAUUGGCGUUGUUAAAUACGGCGGGUGCAAUUAUUGAUAAUAAUAUAACUAAUGCUCAUCAAAAGGAAUACCUGAAAGUGUUUUUCUUAGUUCUGCAAGUUUGCUAUUACCUUGCUUUGGGUCAGGUGAAAACUGUAAAACCCAGUUUAAAACAAUUGCAAACGUCAAUCCAAACAAUAAUGGCACCCAACUGGCCCUCCGAUGAAGCGAUAUUUGGACAAAACGCAUUAGAAAUGUUCGUGUGGCUACCAAAAGAACAAUUAUAUGUCUUGGUAUAUUUAGUGACGGUAUCACACUCAAUGAUGGCCGGUUACAUGGAUAAGGCACAAAAGUACACAGAAAAAGCGUUAACACAAAUUGAAAAAUUAAAAGCGCAAGAUGACAAACCUAUACUAUCGGUGUUCAAAGUGAUAUUACUGGAGCACAUUGUCAUGUGUCGCAUGGUAAUGGGCAAUCGUAUACUGGCAAUCACCGAAAUUGCAGCAGCACGAGAUGUUUGCAUUGCAUCGCCCAAUCGUGGUUUACUUCGGCGUCAUUCAGCACAACUACAUUGCCUAUUAGGUUUAUACUCAAUGUCGACUAGCUUUUAUGAGCACGCCGAACGGCAAUUUAUCGCCUGUGUCAUGGAAACAUCUGAACGUGACCUGAAAUUGUUUGCCAAUUUGAAUUUGGCCAUUAUUUUUCUACGCACAAAGCGAGAACAGGAUCUAAAGCAAAUUUUGGACACUGUGUCCACAGAGAAUACACACACGCAUAGCAGUCAAGCACUAAUGGGCGGUUUCUACUACGUACAAGGACUACAUGCGUUUCACAAAAGCAGUUUUCACGAGGCCAAACGAUUUCUGCGUGAAACACUAAAAAUGGCCAAUGCUGAGGAUCUUAAUCGUUUAACAUCCUGUUCAUUGGUUUUACUAUCACACGUCUUCCUCAGCAUAGGCAAUUCCAAGGAAAGCAUGAAUAUGGUUACACCUGCUAUGCAGUUGGCUUCCAAAAUACCCGAUAUUCAUGUACAACUGUGGGGUUCUGCCAUACUCAAAGAUCUACAUCGUAUGUCCAAAGAUGUAUUGCACGAGAAAGAGGCAUUUGCCAAUCACGUUAAAUACUCGGAAAAUCUGAUUGCAGAUCAACGUAAAUGUGUGCAGAGUGUACACCAUGCGUUAAUUAAUUGGUUCAAUUCCGAACCGCCCACAACUAGUGCGAAUAGUUUAGAUGAAGGUGGUGGUGGUAGCGGUGGCGGUUCUGUCGUAGCUGGACAGAUGACUCAAGUGAGACAUUUUACGUAAAA